AUGAAGUCCAGGAGACCCCCUGACGGGGGGUAUGGCUGGAUGGUGGUCGCAUCAGCCUUUUUCAUCAUAGGCCUUACUGUUGCCGUCCUCAAGAACUUUAGCCUCUUCUUCCUGGACAUCCAGAGUCACUUUGGAGUCCUGACCAGCACCACCUCAUGGGUCACCUCCACUACGAUCGUCACGUUUCACCUUGGAGCUCCAGUGGCCAGUGUGCUGACCAUACAGUUUUCUCAGAGAGUGGUCAUCAUAGUUGGAGGUCUGCUGUCGGCCUCGGGGAUGUUGCUGGCGUCUCUGGACCUUAGUCUGCCGUGGCUCUACCUCACCAUGGGCAUCAUGCAAGGAAUGGGCAUGUGCUUCUCGUGGAUCCCUGCCAACAGCAUGGUGAGCCACUACUUUGUACAGUGGCGUCCCAUCGCCUACGCCAUCGCCAGCUCUGGGGAGUGCGUCUUCGCUAUCCUGUUCAGCCCCUUCUUCCAGUGGCUGAUUGAGACGUACAGCUGGCAGGGGGCCUUGCUCAUCAUAGGAGGCCUUCAGCUCAACCUGUGUGUCUGUGGUGCUCUCAUGAGACCCCUAGAGGCUCAUGAGAGCACCCUACAGGACACCAAAGACAAUCUAGAAGCCAAUGCCGCUGAGCUCCCGCCAAAGAGGAAGGUUAUCUUCCAGUUCUCGCUGAUGAGGAAACCUGAACUACUCCUCUACAUCCUGUUUGCCAUCUUUGCAGCAGCGGGGUUUUUCAUCCCAACUCUCUUUCUAGUGCCCUUCGCCAACAGUUUGGGGAUGGACAAGUACUGGCCAGCCUUCAUCCUCUCUAUGCUGGCAUUAGCAGACCUGGCGGGGAGGCUGCUCUGCGGGUGGUUAGCCAACAUGAGGCUGGUGAGGAACCUGCAGCUGCUCACCAUGGCGGUCACUCUGCUCGGGGUGGUGCUCCUGCUGCUGCCCAUCAGCCACAAAUACUGGGCCAUCCUGGUCUUUGUCUUGCUCUACGGGUUCCUAUUCGGCUGCGUGGUGGCCAUUCACAUCACCUCCAUCGUGGACAUUGUAGCCCUGGAGGGUUUUGACAGCGGACUGGGACUCUUUAUGCUUUUCAGGAGCAUCGGGGGCUUCAUCGGCCCACCUGCUGCAGGCUGGCUGGUGGACCAGACAAACGACUACAGCGCUGCCUUCUACCUCUCAGGCGUCUGCCUCAUUACCUCAGCAGUGUUUGUCGUCCUGGUCGACCGCGUCAUUCAGAGGAGAACAUUGGUGGAGGCUGAAGUUCAUACGUCAGACGUCCAGGACAGCUCAGAAGCAGGAGAGGACAAGUGA